AUUUACAGGUAAAUGUAUGCAUCUUUCAUUCAGGCCUAUAUCUUUGGCUGUAACUAUUUCUUUGGUAAACUUUUAAUUUUUGAUCACUCAUUAUUUCUUUACCGGUCCUGUUGGAUGAGUUUUGUUUUUUUCUUUGUGAUUUAGAAAUUAACAUAAAUUUAUUAUUGAUGGCUUGUUAAUUUAUUUUUUUUUUAAUUUUGAUAUAUUUUUUAAAUUUUAAUUAUCCUAUUAUAAUCUAAUCAUGGCUGAGUCUGUUUCUAAUACAAACAGUGAUAAUAAUGUAAAAGAUGAAGAAUUGGAAGAAUUGCUAAAUAGCGCAUUAGAAGAUUUUAAUAAACCUAAAGAUACCAAAGAAUUAGUUCAUAACACUAAUGUGGAAACAAUUAAAGAUAAGACUGAUGACCCUUCCUGGAAUGAUGAAUUUUUAUUGGAAGCGCAAAAGCAUUUUGAGAAAAAUAUGAAGGAUCUUUUUGGUCAAGGUGAAGCUGGUGCUAACUUCAAUGCUGAAAAUUUUGAAGAACAACUUCGUAAAAUGGCUGAUGAAGCGAAUAAAGUACUUACAGAGCAAUCAAGGGAUCCGGAAUUUUCAGCUACUAUUGCUCAAACCCUUAGGAAUCUUUCCGAAAAUACGGAAAAAAUGCAGUCAGAGCUGGGACAAGAGGCUUUGGCAGCCAUGAUGGGAAGCUUAGGCAUGGGUUCUGAAGCGAGUGGUGGCUCAGAUAUUAUGCCUUUCAUGCAGUCCAUGAUGCAGUCAUUUUUGUCUAAAGAUGUUCUUUAUCCUUCAUUGAAAGAUAUUACUGAAAAGUAUCCUGUUUGGAUCGAAGAAAACAAAAGCACAUUAUCAGAGCCUGAUUAUGAUAACUACAACAAACAGUUUAAGCUCAUGAAGGACGUGUGUGUAGAAUAUGAGAAAGAAUCCGAAACAGAUAGCGAGGAAAUAAAAAAAAGGAGAUUUAUGAAAAUAUUAGGGUUGAUGGAGGAAAUUCAGAAACUAGGCCAACCUCCAAAAGACUUAGUCAGUGAUGAAGGUUCACCUUUAGCCUGCGAUGAAAAUGGCGUUCCGAAUUGUAUACCCGGAAUGGAUCCAAAUCAAUGUUGUUUAAUGUGAUAUUAGAGAGCUGGUGAUAUGAAAAAAAAACAACUAUAAUUCUAAUUUGAACGUAAUAAUACUAUGAAGGAAUGAUUUUGUUUUUUCAAAUCAAAGCUAUCCAACAAGUAUUAUGAAGAAGAAAACCAAUUUAGUAUUUAGAGACGAAGCUUCUCUAGCUUAGAUUUUCAGUGUUUUAGUUUCAUUGUAUAGUCUGUUUUUGUAACUGCUUAAUUUUCUGAAAUAAUGGCUCUAUAAAGUUACAAAAUUUCUAUAGUUACUAUUGUAUAUAAAUUGAUAAAACCAUUCUGGUACUGAUAUCAAUCAACUAUAUUGUGAUAAAGUUUUUUAACUUUGGUUUAUUUUAUGCCUGUACAAAAAUUAUAAAUAUUUAUUUUAUUUUUUUAUAGUAUGUCGGCUAUAAUUUUAUUUUUAACAUUUGUUAUAAAAUCAAAGUAUUUGGUAUAUUGUUAUAAUAAAAAAGGGUUUUCACUUACUAUUAUUUUUAUUCUCUUGUUCUCUCUUAAAUAACAUAACUACAUGUAAUGUGAGUGUAAACUUUUCACAAUCCUUUUUUAGAAAUUUUCAAGUUUAUUUAUAAUUAGAUUUAUUUUUAAUAUGUUGAAAACUAAACUGUUAUGUAUUAUUGAAUUAUAAUUUCAAUACAUUAUAUCAAAUAUUAGAAUAUUGUGUUACCAAUUAAUCAUGAUACAUGUUUUAAAAUGUUUCUAACUAUUGACUAUAUGUUUCAUGAUUCAUUUAAUUCCUGCCAAUAUGUGAACUAGUUGAUAUCAUUAAUAAAGUUUUCGUUUGUUUGAUUUAAAUUUAAUUAUUGAACCAUUAUUAUCUGCUUUUCAGAUAUUCGUUUCUUGUUGACAAAUGAUAGGUUCGUUGUUAGCUUUUUGAAGAAUGUAUGUCAGAGCUAAACAGUAAAACAUGAGUGCAUUGAAAUAGUAAAACUCCUCAGAUAUGUUUAGAAUUUUUUUUUUUAAUUUGCUUAUAUGAAUUUUUUGGGGAGUGGGGUAGCUCAGUGGUAGGCUACUGAGCUUUUAAGGCUAAAGGUCCCAGGUUCGAACCCCGGCUCAUGGCAGAAAAUUUAUUUAUCUGUUUCGUUGGCCGUGAGGCGACCUUGAGUUGGGAGACCCUCCUUGGGCACACCCAGCCUCUAUAAAGUAAGUACCCUUAAUUAAAUAAUUGAUUAAGGGGGAAAACCUGGCAGUUGAGCGUGAUCUCGGUCAAAUCACCUCCUUGCACAACCGUUGACCUAGAAAAAGUGCUUUCCCUAAAAUAGUAUUGAACCCAAGACCCUUCAUGGGUUGUGGUUCAGGUUUUUUUUUUAUAUGAAUUUGUUAGUUAACCACGGUACCCAAUCUCUUAGUAAAGGCAUAACGUAACAUUAAAAAGAGCUUUGUCACAAUCUAUGCUAUAAAAGCAGCCACCAUAAGAGUAUCGGCAAUUAAGCCUUCAACGACUCGUAUAUGAGUCGAAAAGAAAUCGGGCCCAGAUGAUGGUGGACUUAUUAAUGAGUUAGCAGGCUCUUUCUAUUUAAAUGAUGAGGAGUUCAGUGAUGAAUUCUAUUUUCUAUUAUAUUCUGUUUAAGAGAGGACAUGACAAAAACAAAAAAUAAUUUUGUUUUUAGUUGUCUCAUUCAAUAACAUAAAAGGUCAAUUAUAUAAAAAGUAAAGGUUUAAAAGUUUAUUGCUACUCUUAAUGCAAAAAGUUUUAUGUAACUUUUUUAUAUGUAUCUUCUGUUUGCGCUGCAGUUGACAUUUUGUAGUCAGCUACUCUGCUAUAAGUAGCCUACUAAAUAGGAAAAUAGCCAAGGAAAAUAAAAUAUGAAAUUAUACUAAAAAAUUAUAAAGAAAUAAUCAAUUUUUAUGAUCUGUUAUAAAAGUAAAUUUUGAUAUAUGACACUUUGCACUAACCAUUAGCAUUAUAUUUUAUUUUUAAAAAAUUGUAAAAAUACAACAUUCCGAUUGUAUAAAAGUUAUAGUUAUAGUUAUAGAAGUUAGUACAAAAAUAAAAGUGUAAAACGAUGCCCUAAAUAAAAGGCUAAAUUGGUGAGUAUAGAUGAAGAAAAGUAUUUCAUUAUAGGGGCAUGAAGAUCUGUCAGCUCAAAAUUUUUAUUUUCAAAUAUCUCUGACAUUCUUUUAUAGAGUUCAAAUUUAUAGUCAGCACCUCGAAGAAUCCUUAAAUACGAAUUUUCAUAGCAUUUGAAAAAUAAACUUUUUUGAUUCAAUUUUUAACCAAGAUUAUAAUAAUAGCCUAUUAUUUUUGUCGAAAAUCACCAAAAUUUUGGUAACCAGAGAUUUUUACGAAUGGGGUAUCAAAUGAAAGAGUAUUUGACAGAGACAUGUAAAACCAUAGUCACAACCUCCCAAAAGUUUAGUGGAACAAGUUAUAAGCGAAAGAGAACAAUUUUUAUUUGCAAGAAGAAUCCUCAAAUACAAAUUUUCAUAGCAAUCGAAAAUACAACUUUUUUGGUUCAAUUUUUAACCAAGGCUUAUAAUCUUGGAAUUUUUGUCAAAAUUUUGAAAAACACGGAUUUUACGAAUGAGGCAUCAAAUGAAACGGUAUUUGAUGGUGACGUGAAGUACCAUAGUCUCAUACUCCCUAAUGUUCGGUGGAAAAAAUUUUGAAAGAAAGAGAAGAAUUUUUAUUUGCAAAUAUCUCAGACAUGUUUUUUGGAGAAACAGAGUUCAGAUUUGUAUUAAGCACCUCGAUGAACCAUCAAUUAUGAAUUUUCAUAGCAAUCGAGGAAUAAAACUUUGUCGUUUAAUUUUUAACUAAGACUAUAAUCUUGGAUUUUUUUCCGAAAAUCUGUAGUACAUUGUAUAUUCAUGUUGUAUGUCUAAUUAUUGUAUUUCCGUAUUGCAUUUCUAAUUAUUUUAUUCCUCAUCAUUAUAUUUUUCAUAUUUUAUUUUUAUGUAUUGUAUUAUCCGUGGAUUGUAUUCUUAAUUUAUUGUAUUUUCCAUGGAUUGUAUUCUUCAUUUAUUGUAUUAUCCUUGGAUUGUAUUCUUCAUUUAUUGUAUUAUCCGUGGAUUGUAUUCUUCAUUUAUUGUAUUAUCGGUGAAUUGUAUUCUUCAUUUAUUGUAUUAUCCGUGGAUUGUAUUCUUCAUUUAUUGUAUUAUCCGUUGAUUGUAUUCUUCAUUUAUUGUAUUAUCCGUGGAUUGUAUUCUUCAUUUAUUGUAUUUUCCAUGGAUUGUAUUCUUAAUUUAUUGUAUUUUCCAUGGAUUGUAUUCUUAAUUCAUUGUAUUUUCCAUGGAUUGUAUUCUUAAUUCAUUGUAUUAUCCUUGGAUUGUAUUCUUCAUUUAUUGUAUUAUCCUUGGAUUGUAUUCUUCAUUUAUUGUAUUAUCGGUGAAUUGUAUUCUUCAUUUGUUGUAUUAUCCGUGGAUUGUAUUCUUCAUUUAUUGUAUUAUCC